UAGCUUUGGAAGAUAUUUGUAAUGUGUCGAAAAACCAGGUAACAAAAAAAAUAGAAGGUAAAAUAGUAACAAGAAUGGGAAGCAUUGAUUUGGGUUGGUGAAGAAGGGAAGCAGAUAGGGUUCUAGUAUGGAUAAAAAGGUAAUAUUGAGGAUGAUGAAGUUGGAAAUUCAUUUAAUGUAAUAAGUAAAGAGUGAUUAGUAGUAAUUAGGGGUCAAGAAACAAAGUGGAGAUCGGUGAGAGAGAGAGAGAGAGAGAGAGAGAGAGGAGGGAAAGGAUGGGUUGUUGCCAAUCAUCGACGUUGCUGAGAGUGGGAGAGAGGGAGACUCACCCUGAAAAGGAAAAGGAAAAAGACCACCAGAGGCUCUCUGAGGCCGAGAAAGAGGGCUUUGAUUUCUCCUUCUCUGAGUUCUCGCUGGCUGAGCUGAAGGCGGCCACCAACAAUUUCAGCUCUGACUAUAUCGUGUCUGAGAGUGGGGAGAAGGCACCCAACCUUGUUUACAAGGGUCGCCUCCAGAACCAUAGCCGCUGGAUUGCCGUCAAGAAGUUCAGCAAGUCUGCUUGGCCUGAUCCCAAGCAAUUCGUCGAAGAGGCUUCCGGCGUCGGCAAGUUGCGCCAUCCAAGGCUCGCUAUUUUGAUCGGUUUCUGCUGCGACGGCGAUGAGAGGCUUCUCGUUGCCGAGUACAUGCCUAAUGAUACUCUUGCCAAGCAUCUUUUCCACUGGGAAACUCAGACUAUUGAGUGGGCCAUGCGGUUGCGAGUCGCUCUUUACAUCGCCCAGGCUUUGCAUUAUUGCAGCUCUGAGGGUCGUCCCUUGUACCAUGACUUGAAUGCUUACCGUGUUCUCUUCGACCAGGAAGGCGAUCCCCGUCUCUCUUGCUUUGGUUUUAUGAAGAACAGCAGGGAUGGUAAGAGUUAUAGCACCAAUCUUGCUUACACACCUCCUGAAUAUUUAAGAAAUGGAAGGGUCACGCCUGAAAGUGUCAUUUACAGCUUUGGAACCGUUCUUCUAGACCUCCUCAGUGGCAAGCACAUCCCUCCCAGUCAAGCACUUGAUAUGAUACAGGGGAAAAACAAUAUGCUCUUAAUGGAUUCACAUUUAGAGGGGAAGUUUUCAACAGAAGAGGCAACGGUAGUUGUUAAUCUUGCCUCUAAAUGUUUGCAAUAUGAACCAAGGGAGCGGCCUGAUACAAAGGAUUUGGUCACAACACUUGCCCCGUUGCAUACAAAACCCGAUGUUCGUUCUCAUAUCAUGCUUGGAAUUCCAAAGCAUGAGGAAGCUCCAUCAACCCCACAACGUCCUCUUUCAGCAAUGGGUGAGGCUUGUUCAAGAAUGGACCUAACUGCAAUACAUCAGAUCUUGGUUGCGACACACUACAGAGACGAUGAAGGAACUAAUGAGUUGUCUUUUCAAGAGUGGACUCAACAGAUGAGAGAUAUGCUGGAAGCAAGGAAGCGCGGAGACCAUGCAUUCCGUGACAAGGACUUUAGGACAGCCAUUGAUAACUAUUCCCAGUUUAUUGAUGUUGGAACAAUGGUCUCCCCAACUGUGUUUGCAAGGCGCAGUCUAUGCUAUCUGUUAUGUGAUCAACCAGAUCCUGCGCUACGAGAUGCAAUGCAAGCACAGUGCGUUUAUCCAGACUGGCCCACGGCUUUCUACAUGCAAUCAGUUGCUCUUGCAAAACUGGACAUGCACAAGGAUGCGGCUGAUAUGUUAAAUGAGGCAGCUGCAUUGGAAGAGAAGAGGCAAAGAGGAGCGAGAGGAUCAUAGUUUUAUGCAGUGGGCUAAUUUGAGGGUGUCAAGUUCUGUAUAAAGGUUGAGCUGGGAAGCAAAACUAACGUUUGAAUGAGUAUAAAAUGUGUCAGAGAAAUACAAAAGUGGUGGAGUAGAUGGCACAUGCAUUUUAUUUCACCAUCUUAUAGGAAUCGGUUAACUUGAAAACUGUGCUUAUGCACUCUAAAUUGGGAAGGAAUACCGGUAAUUUUUCCAUUGUUAAUGAAAUUGAUUGGUUGAUGCCUACUGGGUUACUUACUGUCAACCAGGUGUUUAUUGAGGUUAUUCUAACUCUUCACUGGUCAAGGCCAUGGUGUUCAUGAUAUUAUGUGAUGCCUGCAUAAAUUCAUAAUCUACAUAAUUCUGUUUAUUUUUC